CUUAUGCAGUUCAUCCUAAAAAUUAAUUUAGUCAAAAUGUCGACAAGGCAGAAACUUUUUUCCAGUCUGGCACGCGUUUCAUUCAGUGGUUUGACUCCGAGACACAAAGACUCCAUAAGACUGAGCGGUGUGAGGUGCCUCGCUCUGAGCACUCAUAAAUGCAUCACGUCAGACACACCCAAAGAGACCAGUGAGCCCAUCAAGUUCUCCACCAGCAAAGCCAGCCACCAUAUCUGGAAGGUGAAGGGCUCCAUGGAGAGCGAGAUGCAGCAGCCCUGGAGGAAGGUCUCCUCUCUAAUCCUGCUGAGUACAGCCGUCCUACUAUGGUGCAUCCUCAGAGCAGAGACUGAUGCCGACAAAGCAAUUGAGAACCCAAACAGAGACAACAUACCUGAUUUUCUUCAGGAUAUUGAGGAUGAAAAUAAACCAGACUAAACUUUUGGUGAAAUGGUGUGUGUAUAUCUCAGGAUAAUUGCUGAUUGUUUGCAGAUUAGAGGUUAUGUGGGACAAACCAAGUAUUGAUACUGUCUAGAAGCAAGACUUUAGCUAGACCCAAGAUCCAUACAUACAACAUGCAGGUUUCUUUGGAGUGCCUACCUCAGAUAAAGGCUUUUAGUACACACGGUUAGACAUUUCUGGUCUUCAAUUCACGUGUCUGACAUGGAUUA